GGAUGAUGUUCAUGAAAAGGUGGAGAUCUAAUUGUUUGAUUUUUUUUUUUUUGAAAUUUAUUUAGCACCAAAUGCCUGUACCAGAUCCAAGAACCGGGCAGGCAUUCGUAUGGCUAAUCAGUUGUUUUUUAUUUAUCUCUAUAAUUUUUGGGGGAGGUUGCCUCAUAUCUUACAUGUUCCUCCCUAGACCACCCUUAUGGCUCCCUUAUAUUGGCGUUUUCCUUGUUUGUCUUCCUUGGUUGUUUUGGGUUCUUACUUUCGUAUACCGAAUUCUUUCGCGUACUUUUGGCUUCCGAAUGAUUCUUGGUUGUGGCGGCGGUGGUGGAAGCAAUCGAGAUAUAGGAGGAGGUGGUGGUGGUGGUAGCAUGUCGAAUAUGACAUCCACCGAUCAUAUUUUAACAAGUGGCAUGGCGACUGCUGCAACAUCUGAUCAUGAGCCUGAUCAUGAAGAUAACUCUUCAGCAAUGACACCAAGACGAGUUCAAUUUGGAGAAGCUGUGGUGGUAGGGGAACAAAGUGGUGGAGAUGGAAGCUUUGAUGGAAAAAUUAAUAGAAAGAAGAGUAACAGUUCAUCUUCUUCAAGUAAUUCUAGCGUAACUUCACAUGAGAGCGAGGUGCCUUUAACAAUUUCUAUGGUUGCUUGAUUGGUUUGGCAUAAGGAUUAUCAUAUCUCAUGCAAAUCUCAACAUUUCAUUACAUUACUUGAUGAGGACGAUUGGUAUGAUAUUCACCAUUUUUAUUGGACCACCUUAAUUUUUUUUUUCCUAACAAAAUUCAAGGGGUGCAUUGUCAUUAUU